AUGGUCGAACGAAUCCUCAGUAUCCAGUCCCACGUUGCAUUUGGUUACGUUGGAGGCAAGGCUGCCGUAUUUCCGCUGCAGUGUCUCGGAUACGAUGUCGAUGUAGUAAACACUGUCAAUUUUUCGAAUCACGCAGGAUAUCGCCGCUCUGGGGGGAGUAAGACGAAUGCUGCAGAGCUUAAUUCCAUAUUUGAGUCCAUGGAAGCCAACGAGCUGUUGAGCCCGACGCGGCUGUUGACUGGUUAUAUACCCGGCGCAGAGGCCCUCACUGCAAUCGGUAAACUGGCAACCAAGCUGAAAAAACGCAGACCAGAGCUCAUAUACCUUCUUGACCCUGUGAUGGGGGACUCGGGUCGUUUAUAUGUCGCCCCAGACGUGAUACCGGUCUAUCAGAGCAUGCUCUCCCUCGCCAGCGUGAUCACCCCAAACUGGUUCGAAGCCGAAACGCUCACCAACACGACCCUCCACGACCUCGCAUCCCUGCGCAAGGCUCUGACCAUUCUGCACAAGGACUACGGUGUCCCCAACGUCGUGAUCAGCUCUAUCCCACUCACAACAUGGCUCGCUGAUCUCCUCCCGUCUAACAUCCGUCCUCCCCCUGAAGAACAUUCUGACCAUCUACUGUGCAUGUCUUCAUCCUGGUCAGCCACCCAGGAAAAACCCACCAUCCAUGCCGGCUGUGUACCAUUCAUUCCUGGGUACUUUUCGGGAGUCGGCGACCUUUUCUCUGCGCUUCUCCUAGGGCAAUUCAAGCCAGAACAGGACGAUCAUCCAGAGGGCGUAACACCGCUGUCAUCGGCGACAUCCCAUGCAUUGACUAAGACGCAUGCAGUAUUGACUGUUACCCACGCGUAUUCUGAGACUCUGCCGCCUGAGGAACGGCAGGCGUCGGAUGAGGAGAAGGAUGAUGCAGAACCCAUGCGUAGGAUACGACGAAUGCGGGGAAGGGAAUUAAGGCUGGUUCAGUGCCAGGAUAUUAUUCGAGGAGUAGAGCCAGCCGAGUUGCGUGACAUGCAUCCCUGGAUAGGCCUAUGGGAUAUUUAG